CGGGCAGGUCAGAACAUAACACCGUCGUUCAAAGAUUAGGCAGCACUCCGGAUGAAAGUGUACGAGAGCGGCUCAUCGCAUGCGAGGGAGAGUGCCGAUCGACGGCACUCGCGUCGGGCAGCAGCCCGCCUGGGACUCCCCCGAACCGGCGAUGAGCUCUGCUCAGCCGCACCUGUCAGCACGGUUCCGUCAAACCGCGCAUCUGGACUAGGCGCUCCACAGACGAAGAUGACCCUCGAGGAUGAGCUCGCAUCCGCAGCGGCAAAUGGAAAAACCGAGAUAGUGGGACGUUUGCUUCAAAAUGGAGCUGAUGCUAACGCCACAAAUAGCUUUGGACGGACGCCGCUGCAGGUAGCGAUGAUGGGGAGUUCAGCCGUGGUGAAGUUAUUGUUGGAAAACGGAGCGAAUCCGAACAAGCCGGACAACACCGGCACUACGCCCCUGCACGACGCCGCCAGAGACGGCUUCUGCGACACGGUGCAGAUUUUGCUCCAAUAUCAUGCUAAUUUAAAUAUGAGAGACAAAUGGAAUCGCCUACCAAUUGAUCUCGCUAGAGAAAACGGACACCACGAACUGGUGGCUUUUCUGGAAUCAUUAUAAUGUAAUAUUAGGUUGUAUCUAUUUAAAUUCAAUGCUAAACAUUAGUCUAAAUCAGCGUUUAAAUAUACAAAUCGAAAGUUGCUAAUUUAUGGACACUUAACAUUAUUUUCUUUCUUGUGUUUUUUAUUUAUUCAUGUAUUGAAUGCAUAUAAUUUUAAAAAUACAUUAACGGUUCAGUUCUUUAAAAUUGUAAACAUUUGCAGAGUGAUUCAACGUCUAUUAUGACUCAUAUUUAAUAAACACAUGUAGUACUUUGUACUAUAAAAUUUAUUACAAAAGUUUAUGUGUCGCGGAAGUUUGAUACAGCACUAGAGGGGAAAAACAACCAGUUGUAUAAAGAUUGCUUUUUAUGACAGCGUUGUAUAUUGUAUUUAUGAAGUCUUAAACUGGGCGAUUAAUAGAAACUAAAAAUGCAGCUGGGUUA